AUGUCCUACCCGACGCGACCUAUUUCCUCGCACAUGCGCGCACCGAGCGCCUCGGCAUCGUCGACCGGACAGUCACCAGCAUUACUAGCGCGUAUUGAAGAAAAGAAGGCUGAACUCGAAAAUCUUAAAGAGCUUCGAGAGCUCAGUGCUGCAGUCGCAACCCAAAUGGAGGCAUUGGAGCAAAGGCUUUCAACAUUGUCGGACGGGACAGAAGCAAUUGCAGCAGUCGUUGGAAACUGGCAUAAUGUGCUACGUGCCAUCAACAUGGCUUCUUCCAAGCUUUCAAAGACAGCAGCAGAUCACACACAAACACCCGAACAAGCGACGGGACCCCUUCCUCAAACUCUGGUCCGGAUCCCAACAGAGCAUGCGCCAGCAUUACAAGCCCAAGCAGAAGCAGCAGAAGCAGCGGCCGAGGAAGAACAAUCAUGA